UUUCAGGAAAAUGCUUUCAAGAAGUGCGAGGAUGAUGGCACUUGGUACGUGGAUCCAACGUUGAACAGAACAUGGAGCAAUUACAGCCUCUGCAAUCUGUCCAUGUUCGACUCGGAGACGGCCAUCAUCAACUUCGAAAUAAACUUGGACUUUGCCUACUACCAAACUUGGCUACCAAUCAUCAAGCACAUCUCGCACGUCGGCUAUUGGAUCUCCCUAAUAACUCUUCUCCUAUCGGUCAUCAUCUUCACGUCCAUCAAGAAGCUGAAGUGCGCUAGGAAUCUGCUUCACGUCCAUCUCUUCAUCUCGUUCAUAAUGAGGGCCCUCAUGUUCAUCAUCAAAGAGUUCGUGUUCGUCGAUGGAUUAGCUCUGAGGUCGGAUUUGGUCGCGGUCAAAGGCAAAGUCGAAUACACCACGGAACAUUACAGUUGGGUCUGCAAGGCCAUCACCAGUCUUCGAAGCUACUUCAUCCAGGCCAAUUACAUUUUCACCCUCAUGGAAGGCAUUUACCUGCACAAUCUGAUGUUCCUCAAUUUGUUCUCCGACAAGAGCAGUAUUCGCCUGUAUUAUAUGUUUGGAUGGGGUAUUCCAUUAGUCUUUAUUGGUAUUUGGAUAAAGCUGCGGCAGAUCUACGACGACACGAUGUGCUGGACUACAUCGCAAAACAAAUACGUGUCGCUGUUGUUCCAAGCCCCCUUGGAAUUUACUGUUUUGAUGAACUUUUUCUUGUUCCUGUCCAUCACCCGAGUUCUCUGUUUGAAAAUCAACACUAUGUAUCUGCAGCAAAGGAGGAUCAAAUACAGGAGAUUGAUCCGAUCUACGUUAACUUUGGUCCUUAUCUACGGCGUUCCCUUCACCAUCUCCAUAGCCGUAUCCUUCUGCAAAAACCAGACCGUGGAAAUCGUCUAUCUGUUCUUCGAUCAAACCUUCACUGCGUUCCAGGGACUACUCAUGGCGCUGAUCUAUUGCCUCCUCAACAGCGAAGUCCGCUCCGAGGUGAUGCACAAGUACAACUCGUUCAGGGACAACAGACAGCAGGAUCGCAGGACACGGACCAUCUCGAAUACUCAGCAGUUCACGCUACCCAUGCAGGACGAACCUUUCGUCGAUCCACCGAAGAACAAUCAUCAUCAGCAAUGGUACAAGAACAGCAACCUCUGAAGGAUCCCUCCCACACACACACCUUCAAUUAUUUAUUGUAAGCUAUGUUACCGAGUCAAACAAACAACAGUUGCUAAGCAACAAAUCGCGUUGCUAUGAUAUAAAACCCUUAACAAAGGAAAACCCUAAUUAUUUAUUGUGCUAAGUGAACGAACGUUGAAAUAAAGAGAUAUACCAAA